UGUUACAUAAUAAGUUAACAUAAAAUUAUUUUUAACAAAUCAGUAUCGUUCAUAAGAAGUUCACGAGUAUUCAAUACAGACUCUAAGCAAGUGGAAUCUUUAUUUUCUGACCUGUUCAGUACUAACACUCAGUCUUUCACAACCCAAGGAAGUAUACAAAAAGUGACAUAAAAAUGAAUGUAGCUGUAACUGGUGCGGCCGGGUACAUAGGACACCUGUUAGCAGAUGCUCUGUUGGCGAGCGACUCGCCUCUCAAGGUGGAAAGUCUCCUGCUGGUGGAUACUAUCGAACCGCGGCCUCGUAACGACCCUCGCGUACGCAGCCUGGCUUUGGACCUGACAGCACCCGGGGCAGCUGACCAGAUAGUAACAUCCGAUCGCCAGAUUUUAUUCCACCUUGCAGCAGUCGUCAGUGGACAUGCUGAAGCCGACUUUGAUUUGGGUCUGGCCGUCAAUUUUGAUGUCACCCGAGCUUUACUUGAAGCAGCUAGAAAACGCGCCAAAAAUAUGCGAUUUGUAUUCGUGAGCACGGUAGGUGUUUUCGGCGGUGACCUUCCGCCUGUCGUCUUAGACUACACUGCUGUUACCCCACAGACUUCAUACGGGGUAGGGAAAGCGAUGAGUGAGUUGCUGGUGAAUGAAUACGCACGCCGAGGGUUCGUCGAUGGGCUCGCUGUGCGGCUGCCGACAGUAUCGGUUCGUGGUGGCGUUGCUAACCGCGCAGUCACGUCCUUUGCCAGUGGAAUAGUUCGUGAGCCCAUACGAGGCGAGUGUGCGGUGUGUCCGGUGGAGGAAGCUCAGCGCUUGUGGCUUUGUAGCCCUAAAGUUGUUGUGAAAAACAUACUACAUGCGGGAACAUUGUCGGGCGCGCAGCUGGACCCAUGGCGGGUUAUCAAUUUGCCCGGCUUGACCGCCACCGUAGGAGAGAUGGUGCGUGCGCUACGUGAGGUGGCCGGCGAGGAAGUCGCCUCUCGCGUGCAGUUCGUUAAGGACGAGAUGAUCGCACGUAUGGUGGCCAGUUUUCCGCCUGAAUUUGAUACGACUCGUGCGAAUCGGCUCGGCUUCAUCGCGGAUAAUAAUUUUGCUGAUGUCAUUCGCAUAUUCAUCGAGGAAGAAGCCAAAAAGAAGUGAUAAAUACGUAGUACAUUCCAAUUUAGUAAGCAAACAUUGAACAUGUUAAAAAAAUACAUAUUUACGUAAUUAAAAAAAUUACGAUUUGUCAA